GUUCUCAUCUUCGUAGCGACAGCAAAUCUUUCAUUCAUCGGAAAUGCCUUUCUCUCCAACAAUGAAAAUCAUUGCGAUGAACAUCAACCACCAAUUCAGGUGUUGGUGGUAGCACAGCAGCACACCACUCCUGUACGUACCCGGCACUUAUCCUAAUCUUGGUGUCGCCUGAAUGCAAACUACGUCAUCAUUCAGCAUUUCCCUUUGCCAGAAAUUCACCAAGGGCUUGGUCAAUCAGUCGUCAAUCAAGCAUUUCGAUGGCUUAAAAUCAACAUUGUCAAUGUGGCCAUGUUGAGAUCGAACUACGAAUAACUAGGUAAUAUACUAACAAGAGAGAAGAUGGAGAAACUAAACGAUUCACAGUUAGAGGUGUCGUAGUAUCAUGGAAGGACAUUGGUGAACUACAACAAUACCAGGCUCAUUCAUCCGCGCAUCCAAACUCAAAUCUUCAUCCAAGUUUAUUAUCACAUUAUUAUUAUUAUUAGUCUACCGGCAAGGCAGGCUGCCCCUCCCGCAUGUUAUCACAUACAUUGUGUUCAUAAGGUUACUCGGUGGAAUCAGCUCAAACCACACCACACCACACCACAUACCAAAUAUCCGGACUUACGAGAACAUUUAUUUUACAGCAAGCCUUUGAAUCGGAACAACCUUUUUACUUCUUACUUCGCGACUCCGGAUUCUUCCCUUCGUUUGGAUACCACAUUAAGAGACAAACGUCGGCUUGCAUUCCGAGGAACAUACCAGCAUACCCGCAGAACAAAGAAGGAUUAUCGCGUAAUCAUGUCAACUACCAAUAUUCAUCAUGGUCUGCAUAAAUCAUCCUUGAAUUGCUUACACUGUUAGCUAAUACGCUCUGCGGAUGCAGAAAUCAGAUCCAAUGGGAUGCCAAUGGAAGGCAGCAAUCAUAAACCACCGCAUAUGAUACCUUUACCCGAUGAUAGUCCAACUCGCACAAGCUCCAAUAAACUAGAAGAUCAAGCUGCGACAGCCGCUCUAUACAUCACAAAUCAAAACAAUCGAAAGCCCAAACCGGGCUGUGAGUUUCUUGACAGCGACAACAAACUGUCAUCUGCCGGUAAGUGUCGCUUUACAGUUUGCAUACACAGUAAUCGCAUCACUAAUAGCUUCGUCAAAUAGGUGCAGCAGCAUCCCUCAAAUACGCGAAACCUCGAGAUUUACCAAGUUACCCCUCUGCGGGCUUGAAAAAAGAUCAAUCGGCAGCCGGAACAGCAGCUUCUUUAGGUUGGCAGAACCAAAAAACUUUCAAACAUUGGAAGCCGGACCCAUCCGCAUCAGCUUCUGCUGCUGCAAUGUUAGCUAAAGAUUACAAGAUGAAGCCUCUUUGGCAACCAGAAGCAAGUGCGCACGGUGCAAAGGCAGCUCUAUUGGCCCACAAAGCCAAUAAAGGUGUCGAUUUGUGGCAACCGGAGCCUACCGCAUGGGGAAAUUCUGCCGCGACUCUAGCUAUGAAGAAGGGAAAUACAUUAUCACCUCAAUUGGAUUAUGGCCAUACCGCGAUUGGGCGGCAAGGUUCCCUCUUGGCAGCAACUGGUGCUAUGUCUAGCAGUAUGAAACGUGCAAAAUCGACUCCGGUGAAGACCCCAAAGCCGGAAACUUAUCCCGAUGAAGCCAAUGCUGCCAGUAAUGCCCUGAGAGCCGCAAAGUCUGUUCACAAAACUCAGACUAAUACUGAGAAAAUUGCAUAUCCUGCUGAAACCACUACAUCUAAUAAUGCUAUGAAAGCAGCAGUUGCCGUUCAUAAAUCUAACACUGUUCGAAAACCAAAUACAUUCGAAAAGGGUGUUGGAUCAGUACCAUACACAGCAAUGCCAAGAGAGAUGUAUACAUCCAAUCCGCCUGUCAAACAGCUUGAACAAGAGCUGAAUAAAGACCAAAAUCGAGAGGAUGUCUUAAAAGCUUCGGCAAUUGCUAUGGCCAAGAGAAUGUACAACCAACAGCAGAAACAGUUGGAUGCUGCUUCUCAUGCACAAUCAGGUGCAGUUGCCGCUCACGGCCAGCGACGACUUUCCAUAGACAGCGACGAUGAACCUACACCAAUGCGCUUUAAUAACCUUCAAGAAAAGGCUCAACAGCUCGCCCAUGAGCGGAUAUCAAGAAUGACUACUGAGGAUAUUCAGAAUCGUGAAUACCGAGAUUAUUAUGGAGGGACUCCAAGUUUAUCAUCGAAAUUAUCCAUCCGAGGUCGGACAAGACGUCGAGCUUCCAGUUAUGAUGAGGACCGCCAUCAGUCCGAAAAAAUACGAGCUCAGAUGAGUUUAUUCUCAUCUAAUAUCUCUCAAGUAGAUGAGAAAAAGCGACAACGUGAUCGUGAAGCUUUGCUUGCUGCAGCUCAGCGGAAAGUCAAUGAUCGGAUUCACGAAAUGGAUGAAAAGGUAUUUGCACAAACUGGCAAGGUUGCUCCAUCUCUACUCAACGAAUGGGAAUUGAAAGCCCAUGAAGCUGCUCAGGCAAAGAGUGAAGCUAGAUUGGAGAACUAUGGUAAAGUCGAUAUUGGAGGUGGUAAAUUUGUCGACCAAAGUGUGAUUGAUGCUGCCGCUGCUAAGAUCAUUCAGCCAGUAUUGGAUGACAUGAAUAGCAAAGCCGAUGCUAAAAGAUUUCAAGAUGCUGCGAUGAAACUUGAUGAAGAGCAUCGAAGGAGAAAAUCCCAAGAAGCUAAGAUGAGGGAGAAAGAAGAAAAAGAAAUUACCAAAAAAUUGAAGCGUAAGUUGUCAUUUAUUCUCAGAGAUUGGUUUACACAAAUUAACAUACAAUGUAGAGCAAGAGAAAGAUGAAGAAAAGGAGCGCAGAGCCGAGGAAAAGGCCGCUAAAAAGGAACAUCGCAAAUCCGCGCCCAAAUCCGAACCAGACGCUUUAAAAGUCUUUCCUAUACCUACAGCCAGCAAGUCUGAACGUCCCAGUACAGCACCAACUACAGAACGUAUUCGUACAUCUACGGAAGAUCAAGCUCAAGUUAGUGCUCAGAUGUCCGGAGCCACAAAUGAUGCCAACACAACCCAACAACCUACGUCUACUGCUACAUCACCAACUUCUGAAAGUGGUUCCAAGGUGAAGAACUGGCUUAAGUCUAAAAUGGGAAGGAUAUCUGGUCGUCACUCUAAAUCCCUUUCAGAAUCUAGCGCCAAGAAAGAAGCGGCGGGAAGUAAGAAAGGAUUUGUGGGUGGCCACGCAUACACAGGUGCGAGUGUUAAUAAUAGUACGGUAUCUCUUGGUCAGCACAGCGUUAUGGAUGUUGCGAAUGCCACCAUUCUAGUUCCCGGAUCUAAUCCUGUUGCUGUUCCUACAAAACAACCUGAGGAAUUUGAGAGAGCAAACGGAAUCAAGGCUACAGCAGGAGAUGAUGUUAGUAGUGUUAGCGACCAUAGCAGUGAUAAGAAAAAGAAUAAAGAGGAGGUCCUAAGUGGAGAUGAUGAUGAGGAAGAAUUUCAGGAGGCGAGAGAUAACUUUGAUGAGGAAUUGGUGCCGCCGAGACCUUUUUCAUCUCAGGGGACUACUAGUAGUAGUCCGGGUAGAGCUCCAAAGUUUCAUGAAGAGAUCUAAGGCGAGAUGCGUGAAUAUAUGGGUGUUUUGAUUGGGCAUGGUAUUAGCUUGGAGCUCUUUGAUAUUGAGGGUUGGAACAUGGGAAAGGCACUGUGAUUUUUUUAUUUUGUUUUACUUUCUAUAGCACUAUGGUAUUUAAACAGAGAUGAUCUUAUGAUAUUUUUUCUUCUUACGCGGGGGUAUUGGAAGGAAGGA